AUGGUGCUUUUUUAUACUUAUUUUUUCCAUGUACCAACCACAUUUAUCUUUGUAUAUGGUUCUAUAAUUUAUGCAGAUACUUUCCUCUGCGAACGGUUGGCCUAUUAUGGAAUUGCCAGUAAUCUUGUCACCUAUCUAGCAACUAGACUUCAUGAAGGGCCUGUUUCUGCAGCAAGGAAUGUUACCACCUUUCAGGGAACAUGCUACCUUACACCUCUGCUAGGAUCCUUCCUUGCUGAUGCAUACUGGGGAAAAUAUUGGACAAUCGUUGUGUUCUAUGGAAUUCAUCUCAUUGGAAUCUGCACAUUGACCCUUUCAGCAAUCUUUUCAGCUCAAAGUGCUGUAUUCUUCCUUGGAAUCUAUUUGCUUGCAGUAGGGACGGGUGGGAUCAAGCCAUGUAUAUGGCCCUUUGGAGCAGACCAGUUUGAUGAUACAGAUCUUAAGGAAAGAGCAAGUAAAGCAUUAUUCUUCAAUUGGAACUACUUCACUGGCAACAUUGGUGCACUCAUAGCAACUACCAUAUUGGUAUGGACCGAAGAAAAUAUAGGAUGGGGACUUGGAUAUGGGAUUGCAGCGUCGUUUAUUGGUAUUGGAAUGAUAGUGUUCUUUCAUGGUACACGUACCUACCGGUUUCUUAGGCCAGGGGGAAGUCCUAUUACAAGAAUCUGCCAAGUGGUUGUUGCUUCUUUACAUAAGAGGAAAUUGGAGGUACCUCAAGAUACCUCUUUCCUCUAUGAAACUGUGGCAGAAAAUUCAUCUGUUGAAGGAAGUCUUAAACUCGUGCAAACCAAUGGAUUGAGGUGCCUUGACAAAGCUGCAGUGAAAUCAGAUAUAGAAAAAGGGAGUGAGGAAAUAACUAAUCCUUGGAGGCUUUGCACCGUGACACAGGUGGAAGAGCUGAAGAUUCUAAUCCGCAUGAUUCCAAUCUGGGCAACAGGAAUCAUCUUCAGUUCUGUCUAUGCUCAAAUGUCCUCGCUGUUCAUUGAACAAGGGAAAAUGAUGGACAGGACUAUUGGUUCUUUCACAAUUCCCGCGGCAUCUCUUUCAACUUUUAAUAUAGUUGGUGUCAUCAUUUGGGUUCUCAUCUAUGAUAGAGUGAUUGUUAAAGUUGCAAGACACUUCACUGGCAAUGCAAGAGGCUUCACGGUGUUGCAGAGAAUGGGAAUUGGCUUUACACUGGCUUGA